ACACCGAUCACAACAAAUGCUUUUCCGGAUGCACAUGAUGGUCUUACAGAAACAUUAUCAUUCUUUACUAACCCUGAUGGUUUUGGGUUCACUGAAGAUGAGAUAGUGGCCUUAUUAGGAGCCCAUACCCUCGGUCGUGCCCAUGGGAACCAAGCGUCAGGGUUUCAGAAUCCAUGGGUCGGGGAUUGGGAUGGUCUCGAUAAUGCGUUCUAUAUUGACAUGUUGGACACGACACUGGGAUGGAAUCAGAUUGAUGUGAAUGCUGGCACUUCGAAUGAUGAGAGAUGGCAAUGGGUUCGUUCCGACAACACCAAACUCAUGCUGAACUCCGAUAUGUGUCUUGCAAAGAACCUCCAACUGACUGGUGCCGUGGCUGGUUGCACAUACGACAAUUGCGCUGAUGCAACAACUAACAGCAAAGUAGUUGAAUAUGCAAAUGACAACCAACUCUGGGUGGAUGACUUUGCAGCAGUUUUUCAGAAGAUGAUAGAACAUGGAUGGAAUGAUUUGGAGGACAUGGUCUAACAUAUUUAUG